AUGCGUCGCUCUCAGACGUAUGUUCCGUGGUCGGUACUGCUGACCUCGCUCAUUGGAGUGCAGGCAAAGCUCGACUUGAACUCGACAUCUAAUAUUGCUAUCUACUGGGGCCAGAACUCCUUACAAGGAAAGGGCGGCGAUCUUCAAAAGCCUCUGGGCGAAUACUGCGAGAACAACGCCAUCGACGUCAUCCCAAUCGCAUUUAACAUGAUGGUCAAUGGACCUGGUGGAGCUCCCGAGAUCGACUUCUCGGUGACCUCGCAGGACUGCGAUGUGUUCGAGGGGACACAGCUGAAGAACUGCCCCAAGAUUGGUGCGGAUAUCAAGAAGUGCCAGGAGAAGGGCACCACCAUCCUCCUGUCCAUCGGUGGCGCCACCUACAGCGAGGGCGGCUUCAAGUCCGAGGACGACGCGAAGGCCGGCGCGAAGCUCAUCUGGGAGACGUUCGGUCCUGUGCAGGAUGGCUCCAAGGCUAAGCGACCAUUCGGCGAUGCUGCCCUCGACGGUUUCGAUUUCGACUUCGAGGCCAAUGUCAUGCACAUGGCGUCCUUCGCCAACGAGCUCCGCUCCCUUAUGAACAAAGAGAACGACAAGCAGUACUUCCUUACUGCUGCUCCUCAAUGCCCCUACCCCGACCAGUCGGACAAGGACAUCCUCAAUGGUCCGGUUGACAUCGACGCCGUCUGGGUGCAGUUCUACAACAACUACUGCGGCGUCAACAACUUCGACAAGGAUUCCAAUAAGUCCAAGUACAACUUCGAAGAGUGGGACAACUGGGCCAAGACCGUCUCGAAGAACAAGGAAGUCAAGGUCCUGGUCGGGGUCCCAGCCGACACCACCGCUGCCAGCACUGGUUACGUCCCCGCUGACAAGCUUGCAGACGUGAUCCAGUACUCGAAGAAGUUCGAGAGCUUUGGUGGUGUAAUGAUGUGGGAUAUGACUCAGGCAUACGCGAACAAGGGGUUCAUUGACGGGGUGCAAAAGGCUCUCGGUGGUGGUGAUUCUGGUUCGUCGUCGUCGUCCAACUCGGCGUCGACCACGGCGUCUGCACCUUCGUCCACUAACUCACCGAAUACCUCGCAAUAUUCCAAUGUACCCGACUCCUCGUCCUCCUCUUCCUCCUCAUCUGCAUCUGGACACUCGUCCAAUGAUCCCGCGAAGCCCACCACCACGGCACCCAAGCCGACGACCGAAGCUCCCCCGGCCGAGCCCAAGCCGACUACCUCGGCGGCCUCGACUUCGACCACGUCGACAACGACGGCUGCCCCGAACACCAAGCCAGCUCCCAAGCCGACCACCACGUCGACUACGACUACCAAGCCAGCUCCCAAGCCGACCAGCACGUCGACCGCGACUACCAAGCCAACUGUCGCGGCUGAGCCUGAGCCUGAGCCCACGACCACUGCUGCUCAGUCGGCUCCUAAGCCUCCUGUCAACGACGACGACGACGACAACAACAAUGAUAACUCGACGGAUGACACUGAUAUUCCACCUGCUACCAACAACUCGUCUGACAACGACGAUACUCCAGCCGCUGAGCAGUCUGACGAUGAUGGCACCAAGGGACUUGGCGGCGUACUUCCCUCUCUCCUGACCUCUGACCUCUUUGGUCUCCUGAAUGGUCUCCGUCAAGCCAAUGGCCCCGUUAAAGACGUCACCAACGGUCUGACGAAGAAUCUUCGCUUCGCCCGCCGCAUCCAGAACUAG